UUUAAUCGACACACCGCGGGGUCAUUCACCUGAUUGUUGAAUAAUCAUUUGCAAUGGCUCAGAAGCCAAAGCGUGUAGCUGGCUCAGGAAACAAAGAAAGGUCCUCCCCGCCUUCUGUAACCCCCCAAAAGAGCCUGCUAGCAUGUAUAACAGUGCUAAUAGCUGCCAUUACAAUAGGAUGGCUGAUCAGAAAUGACUCUCUGAGUCUGAGAAGAAAUGGAGGAGGUGGUCCUAGUAGUUAUGCUGCUAGUGUUGCUCCUCGUCUUGUAUUUCCAAGGGACAUGUCUUACAGGGCAAUAGCUGAGAGUAGACGACCUCUUAUUUUGACUAAAACACUCAUCGACAAGUGGAAAGCAAGGAGGACCUUCACUACAACAUUUCUAGCGAAAAGAUUAGAACAAGUGUCAGUUUACCACCAGCCAAAACAAAGACAUUUCAUCACGUUUCAUGACCAGAAACCGCUAGAGCCGCUCCUGCUAGAUGAGAGCUGGGAUGAUUUUAACGUGAAAAUCAAUAUCAGCAUCUCACAAUUGCUACAAUGGGAUGAUACUAAUAACAAUAUUUUGACUACCAAAGAAGGUCCUUGGCAUUACUACAGUCAAGAUGUCAAUCAGAUAAGGAGUGUAUUCCCUGAUAUUAUCCAUUACAUGCAACCUAUUAAUGAUUUGAUAUUAAGUGAAGAUAAUGUUCAGGUCAAUUUGUGGAUUGGUCGUGCUGGCAUUAUAACUCAUACGCAUUAUGAUGCUACUUAUAAUUUCUUUGUGCAGCUUCAAGGGAGAAAGAGAUUCACACUCUUCCCUCCAAACCAGACCCUCUACCUCUAUCCUUGCCUUCAUCCACACUAUGGACAUAGCCAGGUUGACAUCCUUGCUCCAAAUUUAGACCAAUUCCCUUUGUUUGAGGGCUCAGAGGCUGUUGUGGCCGAGGUGGGUCCAGGUGACAUGCUAGUCGUACCUCCUUACUGGUUUCAUCACGUUGAGACUCUUGAGGAAAGCGUAUCAAUCAAUGUGUGGAGUGAUGCCCCAGAAUACGCACUCAUGAACAAGAUUUAUGCACAGCCGAUUCCAUUUGAAGAGGAGUGGAGUUGGUCUGAAUUGGUUAUUGCAACUAACAUAUACACAACGAUGAUUAUCAAAUCUGUGGGAAUUUCUGAUACUAAACAAUUUGUUUCCAAUCUAGUGAGACAGCGGUAUCUUCCACUAGUGAAGAGGAGUAAUAUUGCAUUUAAUACAAAUCACUAUGAGGAAUUAAAUGAGAUAUUUAGGAGGACUGACUGGAGUAGUAAAGGACAACAAUACAAACCUUUAUUCCAAAAAGAAAGUCACCGGAUAUCUUUGCUUCUUGGAGAGCUACCCUCAAAGUCGACUAUAAAAAUAUGUGUGGGUAACUACUUGGAACAUUUGAUUCACAGGACCGUUGGAUUGGAGCACGUCUGUCCUUUCCUUGCUGUUGCUUCUGGUUUAAGCCCAAGUGACUUCACUCCUUUGACUCUGGAAUUUUAAUUCUUAAAUAUUAUUAUUAUUAUUAUUAUAUAAAGACCAUCAUUUUUACUCCUUGCAUUAAUUUUACCAAGUGAAGAAAGAGCUUAUCUUGUAAGAGCUGUCUUGUCUGCUAGAGAAGGAAUUGAGAAUGAGCGUUUCAAGUCUACCCAAAAUAACUGUUACUUCUGGAGGACACUCCAGCAUCAUGAGAGCCAUCGAGGAAGUGAGCGAGUACAUUGAAGAGCUCUCAGAAGAAAGCAGCGACCUGUUGGACGAAGAUUUCGACCAGACCAGCUACUGGGAAGGUAUCAAGAGCCAACUAGUCGACAUUGCAAAGCUAGGCUUUGAAACGGAUCUAUUCAAGUGUGGCUGCGAGUCAGGGACUUCUUGUCCGUUCCACAGAGCUCCUGACAGGUCUCCUAAGUUCAGGCCAGCGGCGCCAGCCUCACCUAAUUUUUACAGGCGACUCUCGGCUCCAGUUGGUGAUAGAAAGGUGGAUGUCAGUUAUGGUGGCUUUGAAGAGCAUUUCCUCAAAGUUAGCAAAGACAUUGACUUUGAGAUUGAAGAGGAUUCAGAUCAGUCUGAUGGGUCCCUCAAUGGUAGCUCAUCCUUCAGCAGAAGGAGAAGUCCUGCACUGAGACGAAAGAAGCCUCCCCAAAGACCUCCAGGAAACCGGAUGUCCUUACCUCCUCAAUCUCUGUCUUUCAGCUCACUUAACUCAACAUUGCCCAAGUGAAACACUCAUCUUCCUCCCACUUGUGUUCUAUUUUUUGCAUUGGUAUUCUUUAUUGUUUAUAUAUUUUUUUGCUUCAGUUUUAUAGUUGCAUUUUGUAUUGUCACAAGUCGAAAACUUGCACUUAA